AAUCUAUGAUCUAGUGUAAAUCAUUAUUUAUAUAAAAGUAAAUUUAGCGCAUAGCACUGUCGCCUUAGUGUCUACUUGACUUGGGCCUCCUGUGUAUAUUCUGAUGUGAAGAGGAAGAGGUCGAGGGACAAAUCCAAGAUGGCUGCCAUGCGAGGAGUGUCUGCUCUGAGUUCCUUGAGGAAAGUGUGCUUUGGCUUUUUACAAAGAGCUGUGAGCGUUCAUACUAAAACAGUUGAGAUGUGCACCUCAAGGCCAUCAAUGCGCUGCCAGUUUUCAACCCUUUCUGCUUUUAGAGUGACCAGUCACAGCCUAACAGCUAAACCUUUGAUAUUGGUUACUCCGCUCCACCAGUUUGGCUCUUUGGCCAGGACAAUGGGAAAUGAGAAGAAGGUGAAAUUAUUGCCUAAAUCUGUCAUUACAAGAAGCGUUAACCUGAUGAGUAAACGUGGUAAGAGGAAAACAUGUAAAGCUGUCGCUAAAAGAGUUAUAAGGACAGGAACAGGAAAAUUAAAAAGAUGGAAGUGUGGUAAAACCCAUAACAUGAUCAAAAAGAGAAGCAAGAAUAGAAGACAACUUCGCAAGCAUACUUAUGUUUCAAAGACACAAUUGAAACUGCUAAACAAGAUGUUGAAUGGAUGGUGAACAAGUGUUUAAAAUGUUUCUGGAAUAAUUUUCAUUGUUUGGAAUUUGAUAUACAGUUGGGGGUUAAAUGAGACCAAGGGAAAAGUGUAAAAGGGACUAUCAGUCUUGGGAUUUCAAGUCCAGUUGAUACUUUUGAGAAGUGUGAGUGUGGUUUAAAAUUGACCAAGAAAAAAUGAAUUGAAAUUAGUAAGUGAAUUUGAUCUCAAAGUAAAAAAAAAAAUUCCAAACCCAAGGGAGGUAAAGUUAAGUUACUUUUCAUGGAUUUAGCUGUAGAUACAUAAAAUAAAAGGCAGUGUAAAGAAUGUAAAUUUUAUUGAUGUAUAUUUUAUACUGUGAUUAUUUGUUCUUUUGCUAUAUUAUACUUUGUUGUAUGUAAAUCACUCCAUGUAUUUAAAGACAUUCUUUUAAAAACAAUCCCAGUUGCAAACUAUAAAGAUAUGUGUUUAGCUAUAAAAAUGUUGUUUUAAUUUGAGUAUGAAAUUCCAUAUAAAAACCACUAAAAGCAGCCUUUUGAAUAAGCCACCUAACAAAUUCAAGUCACCCAUAACUUGUACAGUGUGCCAAUAAAACAGUGUUUUCAGUGAAAA